AAAACCUUUUAAUUAAUCAGAAACAGUCAGAAUCGGUUACACUCUUCAGAGUAGACGCGUUGAACAAAAUGUCUUCUGGAAAUCUGAUAACUUUUUGCACUGGAAUAUUACUGAUGCUUUCAAUCGAACAGAUUUUUACGAUCCAGUGCAAUGACACCCAAGGAGAUUGCGUCGCAGAUGAUAAGAGAGGAGAAGAUUCCUGUAAAAGUACAUGUUUCAGAAAUCUUGAUUACGGAACUGACUUAUUUGGAAAAGACCAAAAGUUCCAGUGUCACUGUAAAAACAUUACUGACUGUGGCUUCCGGAUCCUUAGUGAAUGUGAAAGAGGAUGCUCACUUGGAUAUAAAUUGCCAUAUUGCCAAAGAAGGAAAUAUCAUGAAUUUAUACAGAACGAGAGGAAUAAUUAUUCGCAUUUAUUUUCCUCUCAUAAUCAAAUUGCAGUGAAACCUCAAAUUAGAAUACAAUUUAGAAACACAUACAGAUUUAAUACUGUAGCAAUUUACAGUAAUUAUUCUGAUUCAACGAUGAGAGUUACCUAUCCAGGUGGAAUGGAAUGCAACCUAAAACCAAAUACAAAUAAGACAAUGUGUACUGGUGAUGCAACGGCUGAUAAAUUGUAUAUCGAUGGCAAAGCCGGAGUUAAUCAUAUUAAGUUAAUUGGAUGUCCACCCGAAUUGUAUGGAAAAAAUUGUACAAAUGAAUGUCAUUGUUCUCGAGGGGAAUCAUGUCACCAAAUUUCUGGAAUCUGUAAAAAUGGCUGCGAAGAUGGAUGGCAUGGAAAGAAGUGUGACAAGCAAACGUAUGUUAAUAUUGCUCAAGGUAAACAAACAAAUCAAACAAGUAUUUAUAGAAAGUUAGGAGAAAACAUUUGCUACAAUGGAAAGUGUAGUGAGUUCGACAUAAUGACAUCCGACAAGGCGGUUGACGGUAAUUUUGAUCAUGCAGUUCCACAUAAAUCCUGUGCCCAAACUAAAUCUGAAACCGAUCCAUACUGGCAAGUGACGCUUGAUAAACCAUACAUGAUAUCUCAACUGAGAAUCUACAAUCAAAUGAAUGAAAGUCAAAGUCUGGAAGGAUUUAAAGUUUAUCUUGAAUCAACACUUUGUUUUGAGGGCAGAAAAGAUAAAUACAUGAAAGAAGUAAUCAAUAUUAAAUGUCAAAAACCAGUAAAUUCAAGUAAUGUCAAAAUAUCGUUAGAAGGAAAAAAGAGAAGACUUACUCUAUGUGAAGUGGAAGUAUUACAAUGUGUUCCUGGAUUCUAUGGAGAUAUGUGUAAGGAACAUUGUGAAUUUUGUGAAGGUUCUAAAUGUGAUCAAGUCACGGGAUAUUGUGAGGAAGGUUGCGUUAUAGAAUAUUACUGGGACAACAAUUCCAAGAAAUGUAAAGAAAAAUGCAAGUAUAUCCUGGUGUAUAUAUUAGUUCCAUUGACCCUGUUUGCUGUCUUAAACGUGGGAAUCUCGGCUGCAAUUUCGUGUUGGGAAAAAAGACCAGUUGCAAAACUUGGUGAGAGGAUUCGCAAAAUAUUGGUAAACAGAGUUUCAGAAUCCAUUCCUGAAGUUAUCUGACUUCAAAGCAUAUUUGAAGACUGGACCAUCAUUCCUAAAAGACACCGCAUUCAAUUUGGUUGAGAGCUGAAAUUGUGAUGAAGACUAGAAGUGUUCCCGAGUACCUCAAAGUUGACCUUAAAAAUAUAUCCAGCAACUGCCGUGGGUGAAUGAUAUCUACGAUUAUAAUUUUUAAGAAAAUACUUAUUCACUAUGGACCUCCAGUAACGCAUGCGCAAUGCUAUACAAUAACGAAUCGGAGCGUUAACCGCAUCAUACCUAUACAUAUAUACCCCAACGAUUUUUUUCCCCCAAAACUGUCAGAAAAAUUCA